CCUGUCUCUCCGCUGAACUGUCUCCUCUCUGAAGUGGACGUGAUGUUGAGGGAGAGAGUCUCCCGUGUAGUCUGACACACACACGCGUCCAACAACCAGGAAGAGGCUGCUGACUCUCUCUCUUUCACCAGAGACCUGACGUGACCGUCCGCCGUCCACACCUGAAGAGUGGAUCCUGUCCUCUCCACUUAUACUGUUCGCCAGCUGUUGACUCCUGCCUACUUCAAAGAUGAGUGCCAAGUUAGCCAUCAACAAGGAGGUAUUCGUACCCCAUGAUGAGAAGAUGCUUGCUGCUGUGCAGGUGAAGCGGAGGACCAAGAAGAAGAUCCCCUUCCUGGCCACCGGUGGGCAGGGAGACUACAUGACCUUCAUCUGUGUCUCAGUGACAAAUAAGAAACCCUCCCAUGUAUCCAUCACUAAAGUGAAGCAGUUCCAAGGAUCGUCUGCCUUCAUAAAAAGGUCACAGUGGACAAUCGACCAGCUAAGACAGGUCAACGGCAUUGACCCCAACAAAGACUGUCCAGAGUUUGACCUAAUGUUCGAGAAUGCUUUUGACCAGUGGACUGCUGGUUCAGCAGGAGAGAAGUGCACCUUCAUCCAGAUUCUUCACCACACCUGCCAACGCUACAGUGCAGCAAGGAAACCAGAGUUUGUCAACUGCCAGUCCAAACUGCUGGGGGGUAACAGUAUACUACACUCGGCAGCAGACAGUGUGACGAGUGCUGUACAGAAGGCCAGCCAGGCUCUGAAUGAGCGCGGCGAGCGAUUAGGUCGGACUGAGGAGAGGACUGCCGACAUGAUGAACAGUGCCGAACAGUUCGCUGUUACUGCACAGAAGCUUGCCAUGAAGCACAAGUGUUAGACCACUGCCAAAACCAACUGAAGGGGGGGAGGGGUCACCAAUCGCCAGCCGCUGUACAGGAGUGGGUUUCCAGAUUUUAUUCUUUUUAAAAGAUUUAAUAAGUUUGCUAUUUGUUAACAAUGUUAACAUUUUAAUGUUUUGGCUUGUUGUUUUCUGGUGCAUCUUCUGAUGGUGACACGUCGAGCUGGGGGGGGAGGAAGAAAGGUAACAAACGUUACUGCUGACAGUAAGCAGAAUGUUUCAUGCUUCUGUUUGACAAAAAAAAGUCACAGGCCAUGACGGUAUUUGAUAACCACCUCCCCUUUUCAUAUACUCUAAUUUAUGUGAGAGUACACAAGCUGACCAGUCAUUAUCAGCAAUCACUCCAAGACAAGGAACAGCUUGUCUCGUUGGUUAUUAAUUGGUGACGGUUAUUUAUGAGCACUGCAGCGAUUAUGCAGUCUGAUUUAUGAGUGGCGGACCCUCUCAUGGGUUUCACAGGUGUGACUGUGGAUUUGGCCUGAACAUCAAUAAAUCCCAAAAUGUUUAUUUUCAAUAUAAUGUUUCCUUUGCUCUUCACUUCUGGACAUUGCAGUCAAUCGGUCUGUUGUGCGGUCCAUCAUUUCAAAAAAGUAUCAAAACUGUAUUAGUGUUUUCAAGAUAUUAUUUCAUAAACUGCUUAUGAUAUAAUAUACAAUAUAUAACAACUGUGAAAUAUACUAGUCCUUCUGUCAGAUUUGUCUACCAUUCACAAACAACCAAAACUACAUGGAAUACAGAUGCCAACAUUUUUUUGUUGUGUUCUUGAUGAACUCUGUUUUGAAAUUUGGUUUUAAAGUAUGAUAAUUUAUGUUAAAUUCAGUGAACCAGCUUCUGCAUUGUAAAAAAGCAAAACACGUCAUUCUUCUAAUAUCUCGGUGUCUGUAGUUCUAAUUUGUCUCAUGAACAUGGGCUGUUUUGAAAUUACUCGGCUGUAUUUCAACUUUUAACAUUCAAUAGUAAUACCUAAUGCUUUUUUGUAUAAUUUGGGUUGGUCCUUAUAAAGAUGUGUAAACUGAUAGAUAAAUGACAAAAUGUUUCAAAUAUUAGCAGCACUGUGUACUAGUUUAUUUUUGGUGUCAGUGCUUUCACGCUGACUGUAACUUUGGCUUCCUCACUUGCAAGAUACCGUCCUCACAAUUGAGAUGUAUUUGAUUCUUUUCAUGUUUUGAAUUUUAUAAUUCAUAAUGUUACAAUGCACUGACAUCGUAAUCUUGCAGAGCGCUGUUGAGUUCAUACUGAAACGUUCCAGUUGCCUAACUCUUAGUGUGCUUUUGUUCCUCUCUCUAACACUUUGGAUGUUUAUUGUUUUAAUAAAGAAAUGUA